UGAAUUGAUGUUCUUCUAUUUCUCAUCAUUUCCAGAGCUGAACUUGACUAAGUAUGAAGGAGACGACAUGUCAAUCCAGUGCAAACAUCAUGAUGAACAUCAGAAACUCUUCUGCAAAGCACAUGAACCCUCCAUGUGUGUGAAGGAUGGAGUUUCAUUGGAGACGAUCAGAGAUGAUCGAUUCUCUUUCAGUGAUGAAGCUUCUACUGGAGUCUUUACUGUGAACAUCACUGAUCUGAGAGAAGAGGAUUCUGGGAUAUACUGGUGUGGAGCUCACAUCACCACUAAAGUCAACCUCACUGUUAAAAAGGAUUUCUCUUUGUUCAACAUCAUUUCUAUAUGUUCGACUCUGCUGCUGAUUGGAGGAUUCACUGUAAUUGAGUGUUUAUUAAGAUGAGGUGAUGCUGUCCUUCAUGAACAAACACUGAUUAUAACAACUAAAACUCAAAAACUGUUUAUGAAUAGUCUUUUUUUUUUUUUCCAAAUGAGGACAUUCAAAAUGUAUUCAAAUUGAUGUUUUGUCAGAUGCAGGUCACAAACAAACGUACUUUUAAUCUUCAUCAUUCUUGAAAAUGUGAUAAAACAUUAAAAAUAUAAGUCUUUUAAAAUCCUUUUGCUCACAGAGUUUCUCAUGAACUCUGUAGGUGUUUUUUGUGUUUGAGUGGUGAUCAGUCCAGCUCAAAGCCACAGAAAACAGGUGAAGUUUCUGGGUCUCAGUUCAGUUUCCUGAAAAGAUCAAAAAGACUCACUCAGGAAACCCACAGAGAACAGAGCGAGAGAUACUGAACAUCGUCUGUGGUCAGAAGACAAUAAAGACUAAACUUUGCCUUGUAAUUACUGAAGAUGUUCUAUAAUUAAAAUAUAAAUUAUUAAUUUUGUUUAUUUAACUAUUAAAAUGGCUGAACCACUUAUGAUUCACAAGUUGUUUGUGUGUGAUUGGACUGUUUUACUUUAAACAAAAUUUAAAAAAAAUGACAAUGACACAUAAUGUCUGUCAAAUAAAAAAAUAUAUAUUAUAAAUGGCAUAAUUUGUAAUGCUGAACUAUGUAUAUAUGUGUUCAUUAUUUU